CCCUCAACCCAACUCGAGUUGAGUCGAGUCGAGUUGACCAUUCUGCAAUCCUCAUUUUGACGGUUCUUUUGCUUCUAUUCCCCUUCUUCUAUUUUUCUCCUUGCGUUGUUAAAUCAAAGAAAGAAAGAGGAAAUAAGAAGGAAGAACACAGGUGUGCGGUUUAUAGAUUCUGUAGAUCCAUUAAGGAUCUCUCCCCCUACAGAAUCGUGUCCCUGAAAUUUAGUGUUUUUUCUGCUUUUGUCUCUCUCUCUCUCUCUCUCUCUCACACACACUUUAAGUUAUAAGAGAAGAGAAGGCAAUGAAUUGAAGUGAGAGAGAAAGAAAGAGAGAGAUGAAUGUGAGCCAUGCGUCGGUUCAUCCUGUGGAAGAUCCUCCAACAACAGACGGCGGAAUCAAUAACAACAAUGUACCUAGGGUUAGGAUGAAAGAUAUACAAGGCAUGCCUGGCACCAAAGGCGGCCUGGCCUUGCGUGUCUUUCAGUUUAUUUUUGCUGCUGCUGCUCUAGCUGUCAUGGCCACCACUAGUGAUUUCCCUUCUGUCACUGCCUUUUGCUACCUUGUUGCGGCUGCUGGUUUGCAGUUUUUGUGGAGCCUUACCUUAGCCAUAGUUGACAUUUAUGCUCUCUUGGUGAUGCGCUCCUUGCAGAACUAUCGAGUUGUCAGCUUGUUUGCUGUUGGUGAUGGGAUCACAUCCACUCUUAUAUUUGCCGCUGCUUGUGCUUCCGCUGGCAUCACAGUCCUUAUUGAUAAUGAUCUUGGUAGCUGUGCUGAGAAUCACUGUGUGCAAUUUGAAACUGCUACGGCCAUGGCUUUCAUCAGCUGGUUUUCUGCAUUGCCAUCUUUUCUUCUCAACUUUUGGUCACUGGCGUCCAGAUGAAACAAGAAAAUGGGAAAACCUGAAACUGAAAGAAAAAUGAAAAGAAAAAAAGGAGAAUUGAGAUAUUGGCCUUUUUGUCACCAACAUGAUCUUAUUUGAUCCUUAUUGCCUUUUAAGUACAAUUCUGAAAAGUUGAACUCAAUGCCCUUCCCCUGUGAAUGUUUUGUAAAUUGGGAUGCGUCGUAAAUAUAUGGGGUUCUUUGUAUUGUCGGGAAUGCUGCCAAUUGCUGAGGAAAUGAAUUUGAUUUUUGGUGUAGACAUGCAAUGUAGAAUAUCUGAAGUUAAAACAGUAUGCCAUUCAAAAAGAGUGUUUGCGGGCGA